GAAAAGCCAUUCAAAAAAGGUGAGGUGCCGUGUUUGCGGAGCAAUUAUAAAGGAGCGGCAUAAGGAAAAGCAUAUCGCAGAAUGUGAUGGAAGUGAAAAGAAAAAGAAGAAGUAUGCAGAAGAUCGAUGGAGAGAUGCCGAGGAGGAACAAAAACCAACAGAACAGCCUGUUGAAGAAGAAUCUAGCGCAAAGAAAGUGGAAAAGAAGGAUGAUGAACGAAAAGAUAAAGAGAAAGAAGAAAAGAAAGAAAAGAAGAAGGAGAAAGAAAAGAAGAAAGAGGAGGAGAAAGAGAAAAAGGAAAAGGAAAAGGAAAAGGAAAAGAAAGAAGAGAAAGAGAAAGAGGAGGAGAAAGAAAAGAAAGAGAAAAAGAAAGAGAAGAAGGAAAAGGAAAAGGAAAAGGAAAAGAAAGAGGAGGAGAAAGAGAAAGAAGACAAGAAAGAAAAGAAGGAAAAAAAGAAGGAGAAGGAGAAGGAGAAGGAGAAAGAAGAAAAGAAAGAAAAGGAAAAAGAAAAGAAAGAGGAAGAAGAAAAGGAAAAAGAAAAGAAAAGGAAGAGAGAAGAGCGUAAACGUAAAGAAGAAGAAGAAGAGCGCAAGCGUAAAGAGGAGGAAGAAGAACGUAAGCGUAAGGAAGAGGAAGAGAGAAAGAGAAAGGAAGAGGAAGAAGAGCGCAAACGUAAAGAAGAAGAAGAGCGCAAGAGAAAGGAAGAGGAAGAGCGCAAAUGUAAAGAAGAAGAAGAGCGCAAGAGAAAGGAAGAGGAAGAGAGAAAGCGUAAGGAGGAAGAAGAGCGAAAGCGUAAAGAGGAAGAGAGAAAGCGUAAAGAAGAGGAAGAGCGCAAACGUAAAGAAGAGGAAGAGCGCAAACGAAAGGAAGAGGAAGAACGUAAGAGAAAGGAAGAGGAAGAGAGAAAGCGUAAAGAGGAAGAAGAGCGUAAACGUAAAGAAGAGGAAGAGCGCAAACGAAAGGAGGAAGAAGAGCGCAAACGUAAAGAAGAGGAAGAGCGCAAGAGAAAGGAAGAGGAAGAGAGAAAGCGUAAGGAGGAAGAAGAGCGAAAGCGUAAAGAAGAGGAAGAGAGAAAGCGUAAAGAGGAAGAAGAGCGAAAGCGAAAGGAGGAAGAAGAGCGCAAGAGAAAGGAAGAAGAAGAGAGAAAGCGUAAGGAGGAAGAAGAGCGAAAGCGUAAAGAAGAGGAAGAGAGAAAGCGUAAAGAGGAAGAAGAGCGCAAGCGAAAGGAGGAAGAAGAGCGCAAGAGAAAGGAGGAAGAAGAGCGAAAGCGUAAGGAAGAGGAAGAGAGAAAGCGUAAGGAGGAAGAAGAGCGAAAGCGUAAAGAAGAGGAAGAGCGCAAGCGUAAAGAGGAAGAAGAGCGCAAGCGAAAGGAGGAAGAAGAGCGCAAGAGAAAGGAAGAGGAAGAACGUAAGAGAAAGGAAGAGGAAGAGAGAAAGCGUAAGGAGGAAGAAGAGCGAAAGCGUAAAGAGGAAGAGAGAAAGCGUAAAGAAGAGGAAGAGCGCAAACGUAAAGAAGAGGAAGAGCGCAAACGAAAGGAAGAGGAAGAACGUAAGAGAAAGGAAGAGGAAGAGAGAAAGCGUAAAGAGGAAGAAGAGCGUAAACGUAAAGAAGAGGAAGAGCGCAAACGAAAGGAGGAAGAAGAGCGCAAACGUAAAGAAGAGGAAGAGCGCAAGAGAAAGGAAGAGGAAGAGAGAAAGCGUAAGGAGGAAGAAGAGCGAAAGCGUAAAGAAGAGGAAGAGAGAAAGCGUAAAGAGGAAGAAGAGCGCAAACGAAAGGAAGAAGAAGAACGCAAGAGAAAGGAGGAAGAAGAACGUAAGCGUAAGGAAGAGGAAGAGCGCAAGCGUAAAGAAGAAGAAGAGAUUAUUUCGGCUAUUAAAGAACAAUUGA